AAUCAUCAUUAAUCUUUUGCUGGUUUCUGAAAUUUUGGCCAAACAAGAAAUCAUAACACAAACUUAAAUGGGUUUGAAGGAGGACUUUGAGGAAUAUGCUCAGAAAGCGAAGACUCUUCCGGCUGGUACUAGCAAUGAAAACAAGCUUAUAUUGUAUGGAUUGUACAAGCAAGCCACAGUUGGACCAGUGAAUACAGAUCGUCCUGGAAUGUUCAGCAUGACUGAGAGGGCCAAAUGGGAUGCUUGGAAGGCUGUUGAAGCAAAAUCCAAGGACGAAGCAAUGAGUGAUUAUAUCACUAAGGUGAAACAGUUACUUGAAGAAGCUUGAUGCUCUGCUGCUUGAGUUCGAUGGCUUGCAUGUUAUACACAUUUUAAGAAUUAUAUCUGAUUACACCAACUAUUAGAAAAAUCUAUUAUUUAUAAUGCUUGUAAAUUCUACAUUAUGAUACUAUAUGAUACAACGAAAUCAUUGUGUAAGUUCUCCAGGGUAAAUGGAUAUAUAUUUUCCAUUC